CUCGAUCAGCGCUCUAGAUUACAGGUUCCACAGCCUACUUGGUACUGAGCGCUCUCGUCUCGGAAGCGUUCAGUCACGCUUCAACCUCUGAACGCGGAUACAACUGGGUCUCGUCGUCGUCGUAGCGGUCUGUCAUCCAAUUCAAUGAUAGUACCAAGUAAGUGUGGGCGAGUUGCUGCUGGAAACCAGCAGGAGUCUCAUCUCAUCUCCAUGGAAAUUCGGUCGACUGACUGCCACUCACUCUCAUCUGUCAAAGCCGAUAAGCAGCCAGUGCCCUUGAGCCGUUGGGCACUCAUCGCGCUUGCCUUGAGCUGGACUCCACGUUUCAUUAUUCUCCGGGAUCACGGCAAAUCAGCAGAUACCAGUCCCACCACAACUUCUCAUCCCCACCACGACUUGACUGAAACGAGAGACCGGCUGGGAAAAUUCGGGACGUUGCGGGACGAUCUCGACAUCUACCGGCGUGACGCUACGCCCGAGCGGUCAGGAUACCAAUUCAAUGCUCCUGGUGUAUCGCAGCUAAGCUGCUAUCUGGAAACCGUCACACAUGAUCAAAGAUGCAUGUGGAUCAGGGUUGAUAUCUUUCGCGGCGGAUUCUGAUAUCGCCCUAAGGAUUGACUUGAAUGGAAGAUUGUCGCUCUUGCGCUGUAUUCUUCAUGUCCAGCGACUCUGGCGUCUCGCAAAACACUCUCAAACUCAUGUCUACAGAUUUCUCGGGUUGUCAUCAGAGACGUCGUGCAGUACCAGUCACAGUCUAUGACACCCUCCGUCGAUCACGAAACUACGAUUGUGUGGGUCCCGGGUAGGAACGUCAUUGAAU